UUACAGGGGAGUUUCUUACACUUUGAAACUUAAGUUCGUAAACUCAACUUACAACAAGCAUAUAUUCGACUCGACUCUCCUUUCAUUGCAUCUUCUUCAAAAAAAAUGGCUCUAAGAAUCUUCCAGCAAAAAUCUUUGUUGAGGUAUGCUCAUUUCUCUCUGUCUCACUCUCGUUUUCUCUCCUUUGAACCCUCUUCUUCAAACAAAGAUGUAGACAUAGACAAAAUAUACCGCAUUAUCAAUGAUUCAUCUUCAACCCAAAACUUGAAAGAAUCCCUAAAUUCAAGUGGGAUUUCUAUAUCAAAUGAAAUCAUUGAUUCAGUCCUCAAAAGGGUUCGUUUUAGUCAUUCAAACCCACUCCAAGCACUUGAAUUUUUCAAUUUGAUGUCUAGAACAAAAGGGUUUUAUCACACCCAAUUCUCACUUGAUACAAUGCUUUACAUUUUGGGUAGAACUAGGAAAUUUGAACAAAUGUGGGAGGUUCUAAUUGAUACUAAAAGAAAAGAUCGUGAUUUGAUUUCUCACAGAACUUUGCAAGUUGUUUUGGGUAGAAUUGCAAAGGUUUGUUCUGUUAGACAAACUGUAGAUGGGUUUAAGAGGUUUAAGAGAAUUGCCCCAGAAUUAGAUACUAGUUGUUAUAAUGCAUUGUUGAGGGUUUUGUGUCAAGAGAAAACUAUGGUUGAUGCUAGAAAUGUUUAUCAUAGUUUGAAGAAUCAAUUUAAGCCUAAUUUGUAUACUUUUAAUAUAUUGUUAUCUGGGUGGAAGUCUUCUGAGGAUGCUGAAGCUUUUUUUGAGGAGAUGAAGGACUUGGGUGUGAAACCUGAUAUUGUUUCUUACAAUAGUUUGAUUGAUGUUUUUUGUAAAAGUGGUGAAACUAAGAAGGCCUACCAAAUGCUUGAUGAAAUGCAAAAACAGGAGGUUUCCCCAGAUGUGAUCACGUAUACGAGUUUGAUUGGUGGGUUGGGUUUGGCGGGUCAGCCGGAUAAAGCUAGGGAGUUGUUGAGUGAAAUGAAGGAGUAUGGAUGUUAUCCGGAUGUAGCAGCGUAUAAUGCAGCCAUUCGGAACUUUUGUAUAGCGAAGAGGCUUGGUAAUGCGUAUGAGUUGAUGAAUGAGAUGGCGGGCAAGGGGUUGAGCCCUAAUUCUACUACUUAUAACCUGCUUUUUAGGGUAUAUUAUUGGUCGAAUGACUUGAAAAGUUCGUGGAGUUUGUAUCAGCAGAUGAAAGCAGCUGGUUGCUUGCCGAACACACAGUCUUGCAUGUUUUUGAUUAGGCUGUGUAAGAGGCAGGAAAUGGUGGAGAUGGCACUCGAGCUAUGGAAUGACAUGGUGGAGAAGGGUUUUGGGUCGUUUAUUUUGGUGUCUGAUGUGCUGUUUGAUCUUCUUUGUGACUUGGGGAAAUUGGUUGAAGCGGAGAGAUGUUUUUUGCAGAUGGUAGAGAAAGGCCAAAAGCCAAGCAAUGUUUCUUUCAAGAGAAUCAAGGUGCUGAUGGAAUUGGCGAACAGGCAUGAAAACUUGAAGACUUUGUCAGAUAAGAUGGCUGUUUUUGGACCACCACAAAAAAUUCGCAGGCCAAAUGAGAACUUUGAUGAUGCCACAACUCUGCGGUCAAUUGCUCGUUGAUUUAAAGGAUUUUGACUUGAUAUAGUGAUUGGUCAAGCGACAAUGACUUUUCAUGGUAUGCAAGGCAAAUGCACAUUUGAUCCUUAGCUUGCUUUGCCAUAGACAGCUGCUGCGAUAGGGAAUCCGUUUUGCAUAUAUAGUGGAAUGUCGUGAGCAUAUAUCAGCAUCAUGGUGUGAUAUAUGACCGAGAAAUGGAGCUGUUCACUAUUACAACGUAGAACAGCUAACACUGAUGCUGGAAACCCACCCAAAAUCUUGAUAUAUCCAAACUAGUGGUGGAUUCGCACCCAAGGGACAUCCCAUUUUUUUCACUUGGUUGUUUGGUGGGUUUGGAAACUCUAUGUACUGCUUCUGAUUAACCUGAAGGAACUCCUGCUGUGAAAGAGAAUGAACAAUACGUCACAUUCAAGUGACUUACAAAGUACAUCGUCUUGAAAAUGCAUUAUUUGGCAACAAUGGAUGCUCUAGACGGACUCUGAGUCACACUAUAACUGCUCUUAACAUUGCUAUGUGUCCUUUGGGAUAGUUAUUGCGAAUGAAUUCUGUCCAAGCUGAACCUCGAGAUUUAUGGUUAUUUGUGCCUUUGAUAUCAGUUUUUUUAGUUGUUUUCACACAGGUUCUACUGAUUUUGAUCUACCUCCUCCGUUAUAUGUUUGUUUGUGACACUUUGACCAAUAUGUCAGCUUUUUGAUCAAAGUAUACAUUUAAAAGAAAACGGAGGAAGUAAACUUUUUAGUGUAAUUAUUGUAAACUUGUGAGUUGCGAGAUAUCAGGUAGCCAUUCACUCA